AUGUAUGAUCUCCUGAGAAAAGCAAUUGCCUUCCGCGCUAGGAGACAGCUCACAGGUUCAACGCCAGCUUCUGUCUGUCGACGCCUGCUGGUUUCCUUCUUGAGGACGCGUGGGAACUCGCUCUACAAUAGAAUCAUGGCCAAGACUCGGGCGUGGUUUGAAGGCGAGCUCCGGCGCAUGCUUGGCUUUGAUGAGCGCACUCAGGUGCUUGCCAGUACCAGAGCUAAGACCGCUGCCGCCACGGCGACACCCUGGGUCCCCCUUAUGUAUGGAGUCCGCGACGUCUUUGGUGAUUCGGACGACGACAUUGACGACAACCGACCCAUCCAUCAAGUUGGGGACACGGAUGAUGACGGCGACGGCGAGGAUGGGGCGAACGGCUGCAGCCGCGACGACUCUGACGAUAGCGUCGCAUGCGUAGAUCCGCCUACCCUUUCUGACAAACAGAGGAAGGGAGGCCGCCCGACCCGCAAGGGACAACGGUCGACGUCUCCGCGGGCCGGCGCGGCCGGUUGUCCCGUCGACCUGGCGAGAGAGCAGCGGGGCGAGGAGGGGGCCACGCGGAAGAAAGCGUCCAAGGGCGCGUCGGGGGAUCCCCUGGAUGUAGAUUCGGGAGUGUCGGAGCAGCCGGCGCCUAGGGGCAAGAAGAAGGCAUCCGUCAAGACUAGGAAGGCCGGUGGGAAGAAGAAGGCACCCGCCAAUACUAAGAAGACCGCCGGGAAGAAGGUGUCCGAGCCCGUGUCCGAGUUCGAGUCAGAGUCAGAGUCCGACACCACCCGUACGCUGCGGUCGGCCCGGAGGAAGGUGACUCCUGAGCAGAGGAAGAACCUUACCGAAAUGUCGAAGUCGACAUGCCCUGACCGGAUCAAGGAGCGCGACGCCGCCUUCGCUGCCCACAACGAGUCUCUAAGAAGAGGGCGAGGCAGGCUGUCCUGGCCCAGGAAGGCGUUGAGGAGGCUACGCUGCUGA